CAGUCUCAACAAACACUAUGGGUUAUCAUGGUCUGUGUAUUUCACAAUACUCCUCAUCAUUGUUUUUCAAUUAUUGAUCAAAAUUUAUUUACCAUACCAUGUGUAUAAACCAACCAAACAAAACAGUAAUAAUAAUAAAAUAUUUAUUUAAAAAAUUAUCAAACAAGUAGUUAAUAAUCUAAACAAAAUAAAGUAAAAAAUAUAGAAAAAAAUUUCUAAAUUUAAAACAAAGUGAUUAGUGUUUUGAAAAAAAAAAAAAAAAAAAAAUGAAUAAAAUUGAUGUAAUGAAAAGUAAAGAACAGACAUUAUUUUGAUCAUUAUUAUAAGUAAAAUAAUACAUAAAAAAAAAUCAAUUUUAAUUUAUUAAAAUAACUGCAAUGCGUUGUUUGAAUAACCUGGACUAGAUAUGGAAUAUUGAAAUGACAAUAAACAUUCAUUUAAAUAACACAAAUAUGUUUUGUUUAACAUAAAAUUGUGGGUGUGUGUAUUAGUGGUUUGUUUUUUUUUAUAAUGACGGAAGUUGAUAAAUUUUUAACAAUUACAAUUGUACUAUAUAGAUAAAAUCUUUUGAUGCAAAUAUAACAUGCAUGAGGUAUCAAUGCAUAUUGAGAUGUGGUAAAAGGGGUUUUGAAUCUCUUUGAUUCAAAGCCGACACGCUGGAGUGACAACAAAAUUGUUUGUUAGAGCGUUAAUAAUCGACCAAUCAUCUCAUUUAUAAAUACACGGUGUUGAUGAAGUAUACAUACUGGUUUUUUUGAUGAUCAAAAAAAAAUAUAUAACGCUAGUGUUAAAAAAUCUUUUUUUUUUUUUCAAAGCAAUAUGUGUAUUUAUUUUGAAUCUUUUAAUAUAAAAAGCUUUGACAAUAUUAUAUAGAUUUGUGAUAAAAUUUUUAAUAUAAAAAUUAAAUAUUAAUAAGUGUAGCAAUGCGAGUUGUAGGAUCAACAGACGAGGCUGAAAGCCAAACGGAAGAAGAUCAUCAUCAAGAUUGAUCUGAAGACCAUGAUUUCAAAAAUUCGUUUUCCUUUGAAAAGACGAAGGGACAUCAUGCUUCGUGUAUUAGGAAUACGAGUUCUCACAAGAAUUCUUCUUGUUCUCAUCUGUUCUUUGUCAUUGCUAUCUCUUCUAUUUCUUAAUCGUUGUGGUCUCAAUAAUUUUGAGAGUGAUUUAAUUGGGACAACUGAACCAAUAACAAUCAGUGGUCUUCAAGAGGUGAGUUUGAGUGAAGAAGAAACAAGACUUCAAGUAGAAAGACUUACAGCUGAGAUACGAAGUCUAAAACUACAAAUACUACAAUUGACAGGUGGACCACCAGGUCACAGUGAAACAUUAUCAGCAAUAAAUUCAACUGAAAUUGGUGACUGUUUAACAGCAAAACGUCAAGUUGAAUAUGCUGAAAUAACUCAAGGUCUUCCAUUAAAUAACGAAUACGAGCUGAUACCAUUCAGUCAUUUUACAUUUUCAAGAUUAUAUCCAGUUGAAUUAGGUCUUGGAAAAAGAGUAGUAGAAAAACCAAUUGGAUUUAAAAGAAAAGAUUUAUUAGAAGCUUUAUCAAAAGCCAUUGAUAUACUUAAUAAAAAUAUAUCAUCAAUGUCAUCACGUUAUAUACCAGAAGAUUUUAUUGAAGGUUUACAUAGAAUUGAAUUAACAACUGGUACUCAAUAUGAAAUGUAUUUUAAAACAAAAAAUUUUAAUAAAACUUCACAAUUAUAUGGUAAUAAUGGUUAUACAAAAAUUAUCAUGAUGAGACCAUAUGCACCAAUACAAUUAGUAACAUUAAAAAAAAAACAAUUAAAAGAAAAACAACUUAUUCAUAUUAUUUUACCAUUAUCUGGUAGAACAAAUACAUUUCAAAGUUUUAUGGAUAAAUUUAUAAAAAUUGGAUUAAAAAAUGAUAAAAGAGUACAUUUAACAGUUGUUUAUUUUGGUAUUGAUGGUUUAUCUGAGGCAAAAACAAUUAUGUCAAAGGUAAUAUUAAAUCGUGCAAAUGGUGGUAAUAAUAAAAAUUUACGUCUUUUAGCUCUUAAUGAAACAUUUUCAAGAGGUAAAGGUUUAAGAGUUGGAGCUGAAAGAGCAUGGAUAAAUGAUGAUGAUAAUGUGCUACUUUUUAUGUGUGAUGUAGAUGUUGUUUUUAGUGCAAGAUUUCUUGAUAGGUGUCGAUGGAAUACUGCACCUGGACGAAAAGUUUAUUAUCCUAUUGUAUUUAGCUUAUAUAAUCCUCAUGUUGUUUACACACUUCAAGGUCGUGAUAUACCACCAGAGACUGAUCAACUUGUGAUAUCAAGAGAUACAGGAUUUUGGAGAGAUUUUGGUUAUGGAAUGACUUGUCAAUAUAGAAAUGAUUUUCUUCGAGUUCGUGGAUUUGAUGAAGAUGUUGUAGGAUGGGGUGGUGAAGAUGUUACGCUAUAUAGAAAAUAUGUUCGUAGUAAAAUUAAAGUUAUAAGAGCUACUGAUCCUGGUAUUUUUCAUACAUGGCAUCCAAAGAUUUGCACUGGUGGACCAGGUCAAAUAUUAACACCAGAUCAAUAUCGUGCUUGCAUUAGAUCCCGUGCUCUUAAUGAAGCAUCUCAUGCUCAAUUAGGUUUUCUAGCAUUUCAUGAUGACAUUGAAAAUCAAGGAAUAAAUAUUAAAACAUCAAUAGUUAAAAAAAAAAAAAAAAACAAAUCAUCUUCAUCAACAUUAAAAAAAGACAAACUUCGAAUAACACGAUCACGAUCAAAAAUUCAAGUUAAAAAAAAAACAAUUGAAGAUGUUUGAAAUUUUUAUGUGAUUAUAUUAUUUAUCAAAAGUAUCAUCAAUUUAGACUUGUAUAUAAUACAAAACAAAAUUAUGAAAGUAUAACAUGUGCUUGUUAUUAUCACCAACGUUGUUCAAUAUAAAAAAAAUACCCAAGCCGUGAUAUCAAUGCACAAAAUUAUUUAUAUCAUGCGUAUUUAAUUGAUUAUAAUUUAUCGAAAUUGUACACUUGUCAUUUUUUUAAAAAAUAAUCAUGCCAUUUUUUGUUUUAAACUUUUAAAUGCCAAAAAAAAAAAAAUAUUUUAUUUGUUACAAUUUAAUAUUUAUUAUGGUAAUCUUAUGUGAUUUAUCAUUCAACUUGUUUAUACCAUUGGAAUAUUUUAACAUGAACACACAUAUACAUAAGAAGUAGAUACAGACAAUGUACCAAAAGUAUUAUUUUAUAAGUUUGCAAACUUUUAAAAUUGCUAGUAUUUAUAAUUUUUUAAAAGUUGGACAAGGUAAGAUCUAAAAGUAAUAUAUCAUAAAAAAGAAAAAAAAAAUUAAAUAUAUAAAGCUUUUUUUGCAUAUUAAUAUACUGAGAAAAAAAAAGACUUUUAAUUUGGAAAAAAAAUUUUUACAGUUAUUUAAAAAGUAUGCUUUUUUAAAUUUAAUUAGUGAAAAUUAAAUUAUAAGUCUCAUAUGUGAUUAUAAAAAAGAAAAAUUAAUUUACUAUUAUAAUAAUUUUGUUUGUUAAUAAUUGUUAAAUAUAUAUUUGUUUUUAAUUUUUUAUUUUAAAAAAAUAUAUUUUAAGAAAUAAAAUUUUGAUUUUGUGAUGAAUUUUUAUAUCAAAUAUUAUACAUGAAAAUUAUAAGAGGUAAAAAAAAAAUGAAAAAAAA